AUGUGGAUCCAGCAUACUUCUCCUCGGCCUCAAACAAUGUGAAUGUCUGAUGUGCCCUUUGCUCAUAAGCAUCGCUGAUGUCCUUCUAUGUUGUUGCCUCUUCACUUCUACACCAGCUUUUUUCGAUUUCUCGAACAGUAAAACAGUACGACUUCAGCCUCGAACAGUACAAAAACGGUCUUCUAGUGACUCUAGUACACCUUGAGCCUCACUGGACCAACCUCUGCAUAGAGAAGUAGGACAACGUGAUACAUUAAACCCUAGUCUCUGCUCAACAAAGUCAAACUCCCCUUUGCGCUUUUGCGAAUGUACUUAUUACACUCACAACACUUGGAGAAAAUGAAAAUGAAAAACGAAACAACAGUGGAAGUUUUCAAAUUGCAAGUUCAUGUAUAAGUAUGUGAAGUAGUCCCCCUGCCUGCAUAAUUGUAAGAACUAAGCGUGCAUCUGCAUCAACUUUUUCCAUCUUUACCACGACAAAAUAUUUUAAGCAUUACAUCAGACCUGAUUUCAAUUUAUUCCCCUGGAAGUAGUUUUUGUUUAACACAUUUGGUUUUACCCGAUAUAACUUACCAGACCUUUAUUAUAUAAAAGAUGCCCGCCGGCGCGGCCAAUCCCAAUUCGCACAACAAUAUGUUGUCCAACAACAUCAACAUGUACACGCCCUUGUUGAGGUGGUUGUUCUUUUCUCUCAGCACCACUUGGUUCUGGUGCAGCCUACAAACAGGUCGGGCGGCUGCUUCUGGGACACCUCCGGGGUCCUCGUCCUCGGAGCCGGUUCUACUUGCGAAGCAUUCUUAUACGGUGUGGCAGGACGAACGCCUCGGCUUCACGCUUGACGACGCAACAAGCGCCGAUGAUGCAGCUCCUGCUAGCGCAAGGUUGCAAGUGGGAGAUCCGUCCGCCGAGGCCGCGGCGCGAAUGUUGUGGCCAAAGCUACGAGAACAAAUCGACGACGCGAAUUUGCGAGAAGAAAUCGAAGCCGCGUGGGGACAGGACCACCACGACGAAGUUGCACAUCAACAAGAACUAUCAAAUGUAAAAAUGUCUGGGUCUGGAAGAGUCAUGCUGUUUCUGCAUGACGCAGAAGGUCUGGCAUGGAAGCUCUAGCAUCACAGGUUUCGAGAAGCUUCCGCAAUGCCGAAUCCGCAUGACAAAUCCCCCACUUUGGUGACAGAAAGUGAGCAGCUUUUGCUGCCUAUGCAUCAGAGAUUUUUGUGUGUUCUGAAAUGCGCAUCACAAGUUACAUCCUUCCAGACCCAGACAUUUUUGCAUUUGAUAAGAACAUCAGCAGGAGACCAGAAGAACGUCGACUGUCGGAGGUAGGGGCCUUGUAGAAAAACUGAACUACGCGUUUAGCCGCGGGAACCUCCGCUUGCGCGCGCCGAAAGUCCGUGACGUGGUACAGGUGCAGGGGCCGACGGGUCCUGUGCACAGGUACAGACGGCCUACAGACGUGGUACAGACUUCCUACAGAGCCGUCGAGUUGGAAGUGGUGUACCAUGCCUCGGAAAGGCAGCAGAUAGUGCGCCGGCGGAGAUCUACGUCUACUAGCAAGAGUAGAAGUCCCUCAAGAACAAGCCGACGGUCGUCCUCGUCCUCCUCGGGUAGUGGAAAAAGGAGGGCAUCCUCCACCAGCAGAAGCAGGAGCAGUAGCAGAGAAAGAAAGGAAGCAGCAGAACAGAGCAAAGCAGCCGGAAGUGCUGGUGUGCCACCAACUACGGCACCAGCGCGGCGGCUGCUUGAGGACGCCCUUAGGUCAGUACGACGCCAGCCGCCGGCAAAUACAAAUGUACCUAUUCCGCGGCCUUUUGCUGCUCCCACUCCCAGCGCGUCCGCAACGCCGGUACAACAACAGCACCGUUCUGCGGGCUUGGAUGCACCACUUCCCGGAGGGGGCCAGUCUCGUGGCCAGUCUAGCUCUAGUUCCGCACCAGCGGCCCCUAACCCUAUGCACUGCAAAUAUGUCCUCUGGGUCGUCUGGAAGGAUGCAAGGUUUCUUGUCAUGCUUGUCUGGCAUGACUGAAGAGUUUGUUCUGCGUGUCCACGGAGAGGCCUUUUACCUUUUAUUUGUCAUGCAAAAUCGCAGCUUGUCAUGCGGAAAACGCAUCGCUGAGCAGCGCAGAUAUAAUUUCUCAUGCUUGGCUGUGCAUUAUAAUUAUUCCCAACCCAGCAUUUAUACAAGUUAUUUCCAGACCCCGACAACAUAUUUGCGGUUGAUAGCCCCUUACCGCACUCCGUUGGCGGCACCAGCUCAGCAAGGAGCUGCACCCGAUGGUCACUGGUUUGUUGGACACCACCCACCUCCGUCCUCUCCUCCACCAGGCGAUAGUCCACCUCCUUCCGAGACCGAGAGCGGCAGGCUUGACGAGAUGUUGUACCUAAUGAAACGCGCAGAUCCGUUAGUGGAGGGAGAUACAAAAUUUGGGAAACGGGAAAUCGACAAUCUGGACCGCAACCUGCAGUUCUUUGGCCUUUCCAAGUCUGACGAGCUUUUGUCGGCCUCCGAGGAGGACGCUGAAGAUGUGUACGCGAAACGGGUGACCGUUAUCUCCACGGACGCGUCCGUUCGUGGCAUAUGCAAGAAAAAAAGUAAGUAUGUUUAGUACAAGUCUGUGAUGCACAAAUAAUGAAGAAAAUAAUAACUGCAACAUCACACGUAGCAGGACACACUUCUCAUGGUCAUGCCGGGGCCGCGGACCACCACGAGGUCCCCUUUUGCUCCACGUUCUAGCCAUGUUCGACAGGCUUUCUUUGUCAACAUCAUGCGAAACCAAUUUAUAAUGCUGUCAGCCCAAGAAGGACAAGAAUGUUACAACACUGAAGCUAAACACAGUUUUUUUCUUGGAUACGGGAAGAGCAACUAUUAUGGAUAUGGCGCCGUGUGGAUUCAACAUCAAGUGCUGCCGCCGGACGUCGCCGGCGCGGCUUCUACAGCGCCGCUGCGGCAAGGGAUGGCCGGGGUUUUGCAAAUUCCGAAUUGGGAAGAACCGCGCUCCGCUCCUGCGAAGCGAGUUUAUCUGACUGACGAGACCACGACCAGCAUCGACCAGGGAAGUAGCAUGGCGCAGUUUCAGCAAUGGGGUGAGUCUAUGCACAACAUUCGCCGAAAAUUCAAGUACACGAAGGACAAGGACUGGGACCGGACGAAGGGGUUGAUGUUUGCUUUUUCCAACUGGUGCGAACUUUCGGCGAUUUAUAAGGCUCUGGAGCUGGGAAGCGAUGAGAAUGCGGUCCCGGGUCCGUUAGUUGUGCUCACGGACCAGAGAUUUGUGUUGGAUGUGCUACAGGCCUUCAUCUUGCCCGAGAUUCGGGACGCGAUGUACGACAUAAUCGAGAAAGAGCUACUGGAAGCGCCGCUGCACCCCUAUCAUAAGGACAAGAAGACGAGGACCUUUGCGUACUUGCGGCAAUUCUUUCUGCAGCAUGACCACGGGUGGAAGCAACAGCUCUUGCGCCUUGACAAGUAUAAAAGUACUAGCCUGAAUCGUUUUUUUGACAUUAUCGUGGGACAGCUCCAAGAAGAGCACCUCAAGCCCGCGCCGCAGUGGCAGCAACGGGACAUACAGGGAAGACCCGUCACCCCGUUCCAGGUAACCCUGCCAAAGCGCCUCUAUUACAUCGGCGCACUGAUUGCGAAAAGGUUUGUGUUCGGCUUCGAGGCGGAAUUCGCUGUAGCAGCUGAUGAGGCCGACGCGCGCAACGCAGAGAAAAUCGGCCUUGCGCACAUGACAACCCUGAUCUACCAGCAAGGCCAUGACUACCGCCCGGCCCAGUCUGUAAAGAAGUCGACCAUCAAAGAAGCAAUCGCCGCUGCUGAUUCCGUAUCAAGUGCAAAAGUGUCUGGGUCUGGAAGAUUCCGAGAUUUGUCAUGCAUAUUUCUCAUGACCCAUAAUGCCUGUAGUGCAUGAUCUAGCAUCACAGACUUUUAGAGGGCUUCCUGAUGCGCCUUCCGCAUGAGAAAUGCCGUGUCCGCGUAGCACAAACUGGACCCCUCUUGCUGGUCAUGCAAUACAAAUUUUCCUAGAAUCCAAAAACAGCAUGACAAGUUGCAAUCUUCCAGGCCCAGACAUUUUUGCAGUCCAUAUGCCGCGUCGGUAAUUUUCUCGGACCUGGAGGCACUCGAGGUGCGCGCGCCCCAUGGCAAUAAAGCACCCGCGGCUGGAAGUAGCUUAUGGGCAGCGCCGUACGAAGACGCCCGUCAUUGGAACUACUUACAACUCCCCCACUCGUCCCUUGGAGCUAGUGCUGUGGAAAUGCAAACGGCACCACAAAGGGAGAUCCCUCUGAGGUACUACCACGGCGACGUGCCGGCUCACGACUGGGCCUUUAGGCUGGAGAUGACGGCACAGGGGAGUAAUGGGUCGUACCACGGCGAUGUUGACGGGAGUCGCAGGGAUAAUAUCAUACCAAAAUUGUUCGAUGUCCUAUUGAUCCACAGCGAAGAAAAAUCGCAAGGCACGGGAAGCUCCGCGCAAGAUGAACAACAAAAAGUGUUCCAGUACCUGUACCCGCUCGGCGAAAACGUCCUGGAGAGUAUGAAGUUGAAUCUGAAGGUACAGUGGCAAACAAAAUGGGACGACUACAAACAGCGGUUCCAUUGGCUGUCCCGCGACAGCUACAAGCGGUAUCAUUGGCUGGCACAAAAUGGCCCCGCCCUGGUCCUGCGGGACAAAGAAGAAAGCAUGGUUGGAACGGAUAAAGUAAACCAGGUGCUGGAGAAGAUAAAGAAGCGUUGGGAGGCCUAUCAAGGCCGCUAUGUCGACGGGAUCGCGGAUGAACGGGAAUCACGUAUUUCCAGUAAUAUGGAUGGAGCGCCGGCCACGGACAGUCUCAGUCAACGUUCUCAUUCACAUACUGAAGAAGAAGAACUUCCCACCGCUCCUCCAUCGGGAGAUGUAGUUCCUUAUCCUACUUCGAUCAUUCGCUCUACUCCGCUGCCUGUUGCUGCACCAUGGGCCGCUCAAGGAGCUUCUUCUUCUUCUUCGUUCUUACCACCAGCGACGCCGCAGGGGCCGGGUGUUGCUUCACUUGCUCCGCCUCAUUACACCGGCACGGUCCGGCGCCAUCGAGGAGGGGAUGCGCCACCUGCUGUUGCUGAACGGGACCGUCAAGAGCAGCACGAGCAGCGCAAAACCAGGCAGAACAAGAUUAAUAUCCCUACCCUGGAUCCCGGAAUUCUAUAAACUCUUCUGUAAUAAGUAGUCACUGAUUUGCACUAUCCCCGAACUAAUCACGAACACAAUUAGAAGUAGUAGGUGGUGACGUUGCUGUCCUUCCAGUGGCGACAGUAGAUCGACGAAAUUGGAUAUUAAAACAGACAGCAGAAUUAUAAACAGUAGUAUGUACCACAAAGAAGUACUGUAGUAGACCCGCGCUCCUGGGCGAGGGUGUUGCAGGCGUCGACACUCCUCUUACCUGAACAAAACGAUUUUUACACGACCCUGAUAAAUUCUGGCGGCUGGUGCAGAGUGGUCGUCAGUUUAUCUCUUUAUUCAUUUUUUGAGCAGCAUUAUUUGGAACAAGAAGUUGUAAAAGUAAAAAUGAACGUCAAGCUGCACUUUUAUUCACGAGUAAGUCGUCUACUGCAAGCGCGGGACGACCCAACUCGAUGAGAAUGUACAAGCACACAUGUUUUUUUUAACACACUGCACAGACAUAGAACAAGUUGUUUACAUAGUAGUAGUCCAUGUGGUCAUGGUCAUCCAAGCCCCAACAUCGAGUAAUGUAUGAUUGACGUGUUAUUUUUUGUAGUAGCCCCCCCCGCCAUUUGCAUUACGUAUAGCAGGCUUUUCAUGAUCGUCAACGCAGGUGUCCUCCGGCGUGGACAUUUUCAAGAGCCCAAGUGUACAGAAGUGUUUUUGAAGAAGGCCUUCAUAUUGUCAACGUAUUUCCGGGAAGCAAGUGCGUCGAAGACAGAUUGCCAUGCACAUCAAAGCAGAUUUGCCCACUGUCAUGCCCAGCAUCUGUACUAUUUACUAGCUUUGCGGAAGAAGAAUUGACCCCUGCUGCAUUUAUCUGUUUUAGUUUCCCGAGAAAGUUUUUUCGGUGAACACUACUAACUUCUGCGCGCCAAAACAAGCAACAAGGUUUUAGUUUAAGUGGACGGAGGAGGUUACUUAAGAGUAGACAGUCAGAAGCUGUUGACUAUGGCGAACAAGUAGAUGUCCUCCUCCUUCUGCUAAAUAAAAAGAGUAAAAAGUACUAUGGCGUUCUUUUGUUUUCAAAAAUGGCAGGAUAGUAAAUUGAAAGUAGUGAUGAACAAGGCUUGUGGGGAACCCCAAAGCAAAAAUGCUUAUGCGAGAACUCCUUUCAACGAACUCCUCUCGACGUCGUGGAGUUAGAAUCCACAGAGAUGGUAUUGUUAUUCCCGUUGUACUAGUUGUACCCCAACAUCAUGAA